UUACGAAGAUGCUAGUAUUAUAGAUGAAGAGUUUGACUGGUUUUCUUAUUUUGUUACGCCACAUGAAUUUUACCCAUUAGAGGUUGAAAACACCUCACAAUUAGAUGAAUGCUUCAUUACUCCAGGAGUAAUUUCUAAAAACGUUCUUUUAAAUGAAGAAAAAGAAUUGAUAGAAAACAAUGAAACUGAA